UUAAAUAAUGCGAUUUACAAACCGUUUAUUUGCCCAACAUUUGGGAUGGACUUUUAAAAAACAUUGGCAGACACAAGGGAAGCGAAUUCCAAAUGAUACUGGUGCCGUAAGUGAUUUGGAAAAAGUUGGUAUAUUGGUAAAAAGUCCUAGCGAUGUUAUUACCGUUCGAGAAAGUAACUUAGCCUCGGUAGAGAGACAUGAGCAACGAUGUUACAUGUAUGCAAAUCACAAUGUUUUAUUAGAGGGUUUACUGCAAGCACAAGUUUUAACAAAUACAGUGAAAAUUCAUGGACUGCCAAAACCACUACAGGAGUUAAUAGAUAAUAUAAAGAUUCCAAGCAGCGUUGAGCGAAAUGUGGAACAAGCUGUUUUGAACUCGGAUAUUUAUGACGCAGAACAAACUUUAUUGUCCAGGAAACAAAACCCGAAUCGCCCGGGUUAUAAAUAUCCAAGAACGUAUGGCCAAUCACAGCUACGGCGUAACCGAGUUUUAUUAAAUAAACUUCUAAAUGAAUGCGAAAAAUUGUCGAGUGCCGAUGUAUCAACAAACCGGCGAAUUAUUGAUGAUGCGGUUUAUAAAGUGACAUUGCCAAUAAAUGAGUGUUUGCUCCAAAUGAACAUUACAGCUAAUAAGAUUAUUACAACUCAAAAACCUAUUGAACCACUUAAGGGGAGAUUUGAAUCUGAGCUGCCGGAGUUAUACCCUACUAAAAGUACCAUCUCCUUACCGCAUGGAAACUGUUAUACUCUAGAAACCAAAUGUCCACUAAGCAAUGGAAAGUAUUCCAACCCACAUACUGUUAUAACAUUCUUUGACAAGGAAAACUUAAGAAAUGUUCAUGGAACAACUACUACUGGAUCACAGUUUCAAAGCCGCACUUUACUUUCUGCCUUUGCUGUUGCAGCAACAAGAGCGAAACAAUUAUAUGGAGACACCAACAUAGAAAAAAUACCAAAACCUAUUGUUAUUCAAAGUGUCCAAACGGAUGGACGGACUUUUCAUUUUGGAGUAUUCCAGUUAAAUACAUUGAUUAUCGAUGGGAAAACAGAUUCGAAAAAUUAUUGGUUCCAGGAGGAAAACAUUGAUUUAUAUAAACAUUGCAGCUACAUAAAUGGUCAGCCUCGCUUAGAUGGUUGCGACAACAAUGUGAUCCGAAACCUUGCUGCUUUCUACAAUAAUAUAUAG